AUGUCACCGCUGGCGUCUGGGACUGGCGGUCUUUUCGGUCAUAUCGUCGGUCCGGCCCUGGCCAGGGAUGCUCAGAUGCUGGAGCAGUUCAUGUCUCCGCGCGACAAUGUGGCUGAGAGCCAUGUGCAUCCGAACCCUUAUAGCGUCUACUCGGAUGAUCCGCGAAACCCGGUGGUGUAUCUCAAGGUUCCGAGGCAGCGGCCGACAGCUUCAUCCGGGAACGGGACGCCGGGUUUUAAGCAGUGCGAAGUCGUUGAAAAGAUUCUGGAGCCGCUGGGGGCGAAUCUUAUGGGACUCUACUUCGAUGUCAUACAUCCUCCCUUUCCGAUCCUUGACGAGACGGCAGUCAGAAAAGCUUACCAACAAGGAACACUGCCUCACACACUUGUUUGCGAGAUCUACGCCGUCAUAUUGGUCUACUGGGAGCUCUCUGAAGCGGUCAUUACCACUGGUCGACCUGUUCCGGAUGUAAGGUACAUCUGGAACCUGACUGUCAGUGCCAUGCACGACGACUUCCUAUCGCCGACCCUUUCCACCGUCCUUGCCUGUAUCCUCGACCUUCUUGGCCGGCCAAUUACCUCGAUCACCUACAACGCUGUCAAUAUCGGCAGCACUGUUGCCCUUGCGCAGAGUUUGGGACUCAAUCGAGAUCCUAGCAAUUGGAAUCUCGAUCCCAGGCAGAAAAACCUACGCAUCAAGACUUGGUGGGGCCUGCUCAUACAUGAUUAUUGGGCAAGCCUGAGCCACGGAACCCCGGGUCAUGUCCAUCGCGACCAGUGGGAUGUUGCCCUCCCCCAGCUGGACACAAUACUCGACAACUCUCAGACCUCCAGCACAGCGACUCCUCAGGCCAGGGAAAGGGGGGCUGAGUCCUUCAUUGCACUCUGUCGGCUGACCCAACUGCUGGGUGACUUGCUAUCGGUCAUCUACUCACUAAGAGAGGAACCUCUCGAGCGGAUGCUCAAGACUCUCCGGCGCAUCGAGACGGCCGUGGAUGACUGGCAGGACUCUUUGCCAACUUGGCUGAAUCCAGGGGAGUCCGGAUUUGAGCGGGAUCAGCCCGGCUCUUUGAAUCUAAAGCUCUCCUUUCUGGCCGUGAAGAUGUGUAUUUGUCGUGUGGCACUGCAGCAGGCUACACGGGCGAGCGACCAGGAGGAAGCAGCCUAUCAUCAGUCUCGCUGCAUCAAGUCUGGAACCGCAUUCAUAGAUUUUGUCACUUCACUAUCUGUCAACGAGAGCAGGGCUUUUUGGUUGCCUUACACCGCCUAUCAUUUUGCAUCCGCAGCAACUCUCAUGAUGAGAUGCGCAUUGGAAGCUCAAGCUGAUAACACAGCGGAUAACUGCGUUGCUACAGCUCGCAGAUUCAUAGACUAUCUUCGCGACAUGAGGACUAGUGCAAACUGGGACUUGGUGGAUAUUUGUCUUGGGCAAUGUGAAACCACGGUAAAACAAAUGAGCGAGGGUGCACUGCCUGUAUUCCGCAGACGCAAUAAUGGAACGGUUCGUUCACGACAAGGCGCGCAAGGGCGGACGCAGAAGCCUCCUGAGAGCGAAAGGGCCAUCGACGGCGAGAACCAGGCCGGAGCGGAUGUAGUCAUGGAUGAGACUAUAGUCCUACCAGAGGAGACCAUGGACCAGAAUAUGUUCCUGGAUGACUGGCAGGAGCAAAUGCCGGGGGACUUUUACUUUCCCGAGUUGUGGGAUGUAGCGCGUGGAGAUUUCCGAGCAUUCUAG